GCGCUAGGUAAUGUGACCCAAAAAUGAGCCCUCGACCUCGCCGUUCUUCAGCCGCGGCGAAACUGUUUCCUAAGAUCUAUUUUGGCAGGUUCUGGUCUGAAAAUUCCGAGUUUAGUGUUUUGCUUUUCUGAAUUGAAGCAACUAUUUAUUGGCCUGGAAUCUAGUCCUAGAUAGAGCAAGGAGAAUCACAAGUGUAAAGUGUCUUCAACCCGAUAAACAAUUCAUUGAGUACCCUUCAUGUGCAAAGCCACUCGUCUCCUGAGAAAAGGCCAUAUGCAACUUCAGUAAAAUUAGAGUAAGAAGAAAAAACACAAGAGAAAGGCUACAAGGAAGUCUUUAAAAGAUAGAGCUUUGUCCUUGUUUUAAAGAUGUCUGGCAAAUUCACGAAAAAUGGAGAAGGGCAGGGGGUUGUGCGAUCAAUUCAAAGAUUGUGUGCCUUUUACUAAACACACUGAAAAGAAGAAAUAGAUAUUAAACCAGACUUGAAUCAUGUUCUCGAGUGGAUAGCCAGGCAUACAGUUAACUUAAAACACGGAAAAAUUAAGACACAGCUCUGUGUUAGCCUAAGUUUCAAAAAAAGAAACGGGUGGGGACUACGGGAAGUUUUCGUUGGCCUCGCAGUACGACCAAGGCCUUCGGCUCUGCCGAAAGACACUACAGAAUCGCCAACAAGGGAACUGGGAGUACUGGUCCCAUCAGCUGAAGAGCGUAAAUGAAGAGCUGGAAGCCUGGUCUUCAAGACUGGUAGUGGGGCACAUCGCAGGGCAUGCCGGGGAUUGUAGUCAGGGACAUCCCGUUGCACCGCCCACCAACCGAGUUCCCGGGAGCCCCAGGUGGAGGCCGCCGCUCGACCCACAGCCGGGUGUUCGAAUCCCGUCUCCAGAACUGGCGGCGUCCCAGUCGGGUCGGCGCGAGGCGCCAGAGGACCCGCCCUGAGGCUAAUGGCAGCGCCGGUCCGCCUGGGCCGGAAACGCCCGCUGCCCGUUUGCCCCAACCCGCUCUUCGUACGCUGGCUAACCGAAUGGCGGGACGAGGCAGCCAGUAGGGGGCGCCGCACGCAAUUCGUGUUUCAGAAGGCCCUGCGCUCCCUCCGGCGGUACCCACUGCCUCUGCGCAGCGGCAAGGAAGCUAAGAUUCUACAGCACUUCGGAGACAGGCUCUGCCGUAUGCUGGACCAGCGGCUGCAGCAGCACAAAGCAUCAGGCGGUGACCAUGCCCCGAGUUCACCAUCUGGAGAGAAGAGUCCAGCCCGGGAAGGGCCCCUUGCCAGAGUCCAGGACUCUUCCAAGCCAAUUCCAGCCCAGCCCAAAGCAGGGGGCUCGGGCAGCUACUGGCCGGCUCGGCACUCGGGCGCACGCGGGGUACUGCUGCUGCUCUACAGGGAGCACCUGAAUUCUAGUGGCCACGGCUUCCUAACCAAGGAAGAGCUGCUGCAGAGGUGUGCCCAGAAAGCUCCCACGGUGGCCCCUGGGAGUACUCGACCCUGGCCAGCCCUCCGUUCCCUCCUCCACAGGAACCUGGUUCUCAGGACACACCGGCCAGCCAGGUACUCACUGACUCCGGAGGGUCUGGAGCUGGCCCAGAAGCUGGCUGAGCCAGAGGGCCUGAGCUCACUGAAUGUGGACAUCGGGCCAGAGCAGCCCCCUGGGGAGGAGCCAGAAGUGCCAGGAGCAGCCUCUGCUGAGCUUGGCGCCAGCGAAGGGAGUGUCCAGCAGCCGCCACUGGCGCUUGGGCCUGGAGAGUACAGGGUGCUCUUGUGUGUGGACGUUGGCGAAGCCAAGGGGGCGGGGCACAGGCCAGAGCUGCUCCUUGAGCUACAGCGGCUGCGUGUGACCCACACAGUGCGCAGGCUACACGUCGGGGACUUUGUGUGGGUGGCUCAAGAGACCAGGCCCAGAGACCCAGCAAGACCUGGGGAGCUCGUCCUGGACCACAUCGUGGAGCGCAAGCGGCUGGACGACCUGUGUAGCAGCAUCAUAGAUGGCCGCUUCCACGAGCAGAAGUUCCGGCUGAAGCGUUGCGGCCUGGGCCACCGCGUGUACCUGGUGGAGAAGCAUGGCUCAGCGGACCACCUCAGCCUUCCUGAGAGCACGCUGCUGCAGGCUGUCACCAACACUCAGGUCAUCGAUGGCUUCUUUGUGAAGCGCACGGCGGACAUUAAGGAGUCAGCUGCUUAUCUGGCCCUCUUGACUCGGGGCUUGCAGAGACUCUACCAGGUGAGCAGGCGCUCGUGUCCCUGGGCCCUAUGCUCCCCACGAGGAAGUGAAGUGAGCAAGAGCCCUGUUUUUCAGGCUGGCCCACAGAGGCCUAGGAUCGGGCAAGGACUUGCUGGGGCUGGUCCCCGAGAGCUCUGUCCUGGCCUCAGUUCCCUCUUCCCUCAGGGCCAUACCCUCCGCAGUCGCCCCUGGGGACCCUCAGGGGACCCUGAAUCAAGGCCUGGGUCCUCCCCAAAUCCUCUCUGCUCACUCCUCACCUUCAGUGACUUCAACACAGGAGCCAUCAAGAACAAGGCCCAGUCUGUGCGGGAGGUGUUCGCCCGGCAGCUGAUGCAGGUGCGCGGGGUGAGUGGGGAGAAGGCAGCAGCCAUAGUGGACCAGUACGGCACCCCUGCCAGCCUACUGGCCGCCUAUGACGCCUGUGCCACCCCCAAGGAACAGGACAUGCUGCUGAGCACCAUCAAGUGUGGCCAACUGCAGAGGAAUCUGGGGCCCGCUCUGAGCAGGACCUUCUCCCAACUCUACUGCUGCUAUGGCCCCCUGACCUGAGUUGUGCCACGAGGCUGACUCCACCUCCCCCCCCUUCACAGGCUAGCCAGCCUUUUAAUCAGAAUUUGUUGGGCUACAAUAAAAAUAUAAGUAUUUGCA